ACUAAUUGCCAUGCCGGAAACAGCCAGGAUGUUCAUGGACAACUGGGUGCGUGAGUUUGGACUUCCAAAGACAAUCGUUAGUGACAGAGAUGUGCGUUUCACAUGAGAUGUGGAAGAAGGNUGGGUGCGUGAGUUUGGACUUCCAAAGACAAUCGUUAGUGACAGAGAUGUGCGUUUCACAUGAGAUGUGGAAGAAGGCCGCUAAACAGAUGGGCAGCCAGCUUCAGAUGACUUCUGGGAAUCAUCCCGAAGCAAAUGGGCAGGCUGAACAGAUGAACCGAGUGGUGCAGCAUCUGCUGAGGCAUUAUAUGAAGCCCAGUGAGGAUGACUGGGAUGAGAAAUUACCUCUCAUCGCCAGCCUGUACAACAACGCUGUACACAGCACCACCGGCGUCAGUCCUAAUCAGCUGCAUCUGGGAUGGAAGCCUAGAUCUGCUCUAGACUUCCUCCUGCCCAAAAACCGACCUGCUGCAACUCCUGGGACCAUUGAAUUUGGUGUCCAGUAUGAGAAAUUGUUGCAGCAGACUGUCGAACAUAUCAAGAAAUCUCAGGAAGCUAUGAUUGCUUCUGAGAAUAAACGUCGUCGACAGUCCACAUUUCAGGUAGGGGAACAUGUCUGGGUCAAGGCUAGUGAGUUGGGACAGGAGUUUGGCAUCUCUAGGAAACUAACGCCUCAGUAUUUCGGUCCCUGGGAAGUCUUAGACAUUGUGGGGAAUGAUUUGGAUGGUCCCUCGUAUGUUCCCGAUGCUAUUAAAGGCGAUUUUGAUUCCAUAAGACCAGAAGUGAAGGACUACUACGCGAAACUGGGAACGGAAAUCAUCGAUGUUUCAUAUGAUCAAGAUACCACAGAUCUUCACAAGUGUAUUUCUUUUGUUGUUGAGUCAACUCCAAUGGUAGAGCAGAGAAAGCUGGUGGUUCUUGGCGCGCUUGGAGGACGGUUAGAUCAUGAACUGGCGAACUUCCACCUGUUACAUGAAUUUGCAAAUCUGCGCAUCAUCUUGCUGAAUGAUGAAAACCUUGCUCUCUUGCUUCCUGGGCGAGUUCGAAAUGUCAUCAAGCCAAACACUGCAUGGCAGGGUCCGCACUGUGGCCUCAUUCCGAUCGGCUUCCCCUCGAUGUGCACCACCACAACUGGUCUUCAGUGGAAUCUUGAUGGGACAGGGAUGGCUUUCGGAAAGCUGGUCAGCUCUUCCAAUCGUUUAAACUCGGAUGUUAUCACUGUUGUGUCCGACACGUCGCUUCUGUGGACCACGGAGAUCCGAACACCACGAAGAGAGGAACACCACUGUCUUCUGUUGCUGUCAAGGCGUGCAGGGAAGAGCAUGCAGAAUGGAAGAGUUCAUAGCUUGUGAGAAGGGGGAAGAAGAUACUCUGCCCAUCAUUCGUUUUUUUUAAAAGUUGUCGAUGUCGUCUCUCUGUUUAUAACCAUCUCCCUCGCCCGAACCCACGACCGUGCCUACUGUAAUCUUGUGAUUCAGACGUAGAUCACCAGUACCUGUGAGCCUCUUUUCCCUUGGUGGAUCUCUGCUGCGUGUGGAGUCCGAAAUGAAGUGGCGCAGUGCUGUUUUCUUUCCUUUUUGGCUCGUGCCGCAGCCAAAAGGUCUGUGAAGCUGAGCCCCCGAAGCAUGCGGUCGUCGACAGCGUCGUUCGCUAUGAAGUUUGCCUUGUGGUUAAGCCUUAAGCCACCAGUACAUUUCCCCGCUUGAAAAACAAAUAUGCGAUGCAGCCAAAAUGAGGCCCGUGCCAGUUCGUUCUUUUUUGGUGAGAAGGGCAUUUUCAGGCUGUGUGUUAAUAGCUGGGCAAGGUACUGGUGGUUUAAAAAAGGCUAUUUCUGAUUCAGGCUUGGGGGUUUGUCAAGUUGUCGUGUAUGAAAGGAUGGUGAUGGUGGUUGCUCCCCAUCAGCCAGCAGUCCGCUGCUAAAGAGUUCCAUGAGCCAAUCAGAUUCAUUCAAUUUACUCAAUGCACUUCGAUCGCGAAAGCCGAAUUACUUCAUAUUACAUCCACAUCUCUCUGUUGUAUGGCGAAGGGAAUGCUGGAUUUGGUGGUUUGUGUCCUGAGUGGGCUUGUGAGUACCCUGUUUCUCCGUGGGUGGGUGUGUGUGAGAGUACUCUUUUUCUUUUUAACUGCAUUAUUGCAAGGAAAAUGAGUGAAGCGGGAAAGAGAAACCAGAUUGCAUCAUCCCAUAGAAAUCCAGAUAGUCAUGUGCUUGAACUGA